GUAAGGAAAGCAUGAAAUAGCCAUCAAGCCGUUAAACUUUAGACUCUGCUGGUCCGAAGUGGGUCGCGGCUGUAUCAAGUGGAAUUGGGCGGAAUAUUACAAUGAAUGGGCGACUAGAUCUCACUUUGGAUUCUAUUCUUGACAACUACUUAAGUACUAGCUAGUAGUUGUCGUACUUUGGACUAUUGUUACUCUCCCCUAGCCAGACCCAAGGUUCCAUUAGACUAUUGCGGUAAUUCAGGUGUCGUUACCUACUGGUAACUGGUAACCACUGCGGCAACCUCACUGUUGCUCCACUGUACAGUACUAAUCCCCCAUGGAUGGCUGGGUUGAUUACAUUCAUUUCUCAUUCUUUGGUGAACAUAUCCUCUUUAGUUCUCUGCGCCUGCACACCUUCUGGGAAUUCUUCCUUGGUAUCCUUCUGACUUCUGUCAUAUGUUUGUUUGAGAGACUGUUGUCGUUUGCUAUCAGCAAGCACUGGCGACCUCGUUUCAUCGGUCGUUCGCGACUAGCAAAGGCGGUAUGGAGAGCAACGUUGUACGGAAUUGCAACGACACUUAGACUGAUUUACAUGCUUAUCGCCAUGUCAUACCAAGUAGGUCUCAUCCUUGCCGUUGUCCUCAUGUUGUCAGUUGGACAAUUCUUCUUCGAGUAUUUUGACGCUGCUCCAGCAAAGUCAGCCACCUAUGAUAGAACUGGAGAUCCUCUCCUAGACUCGGAGAGCGAAGACGACUCGUACCAUAUGCCUGCGCGAACAUGGCAGCCCAAAACGCGCCCACGAGCGAAGUCGAAACCUGAGGCUAUCGUCAUUCACCCCGGGAACUCUAACCUCGCGCGCGCCGAUGCUGUGGCGCAGGAGCUUGGCAUUACUGGUGAAACUGAGCGAGUGAAACUCAAUCGGUAUCCUGUUGACCAGGAUGCUUGGGAGCUUGGGAAGGGUAGAGACAUAGCACGACAAUUACUUGGAGGCACAGUACGUCGUCCCCAGUCUCCGCAAGAUCAUUAGAUGCCUCUGAUUUCCGAAGGUGCUUGAGCCGAGUCUUUAAAAACUUGUUGUAGCACCUCAGAUUGUUGUAGUAAAUU